UCCCAAAAUGGAAGUUAAAAGAGUUGAAUAGUCUUCGUUACCUUACCCAGACUCCAGUCUUCCACGGCCUCCUGAAACACACACCUGCCACAAACAACAUAAACACAAAAACCAAAAUGAGCUGCUUCCUGAAAGCCCUUCCAAUCUUCACAUCCCUUUUCUUUAUCUCAGCCCUAGGAGCCUUUUUUGACCUUACAAACAACUGCCCCUACACCGUCUGGGCCGCCUGCCAGUGCAACCUCCCUGCCGAUGUCGGCUGUGGAAAAAGACUAGACACUGGCGAAAAAUGGACCAUCAUAUGCAACGCUGCUACCCAAGGCAGCAUUUGGGGUCGAACAAAUUGCCAAUUCAACGCAUCCGGAAAAGGCAGUUGUCAGACUGGUGACUGCAAUGGAAUGCUUGAAUGCCAAGGCUAUGGUAAAUCCCCUAACACACUAGCUGAAUUUUCACUCAAACAAUUAAACGGCAAGGAUUACUUUGAUAUUUCAGUAGUUGAUGGGUUUAAUGUUCCUAUGGAGUUCAGUGCUGUCCGUGGCGGUCCGUGUACAAUUGUGACUAAAUGUAAUGCGGACAUUAUUGGACAAUGUCCUAAUGAACUGAAGGUUCCCGGAGGCUGUAACGGGCCAUGUCCGGUGUUUGGGACAGAGGAGUAUUGUUGUACUUCUGGCAGCAGUUGUGGUCCUACAAACUUGUCUAUGUUCUUCAAGGCAAGAUGUCCGGAUGCAUAUACCUAUCCUUUCGAUGAUCCUUCUAAUUUUUUCACUUGUGCUUCCGGAACUAACUAUAAGGUCAUUUUCUGCCCAGCUUGAAUUAGUGCAAAUUGUUAGUCGGUUUGUGUGCUUGUCCUCACCAUUCCUUAAGGAGGCAGUGAAAGCCUUUUGUGAUAUGUGUAAGAUUGAUACAUGCCAUCCACUAGGUUAUGAAGUUCUAAAAUCUCCCUAUUCAUUUUAUAGCUUUUAUGAAGGAAUUAAGAAAUAUCCUUCCUGUUGUAACUUUUUUUUUUUUUCAUUGACGAAUUAUCCUUACAAAAAUUUUUUUUGUCACAAGUACGGAUUUUUUCAUGGGAGACUGAAAAUUUGAAAUCCUCAUGAUGUUCGACUCCGAGUGGAUUACCUCGUUCCCUUGAGCUCUACGGACACCGCCAAUUCCACCUCCUCGGAAAACCCUAGAUUUGGGGAGAUCGACGGCUUUUGAAAUGUCAUUAAAGUUUGAAUCAAUUUCCAUUGACUGACCUCCGGCGACCUGAUCAUGGUGCAUCGACUGCUGGCCCUAGGAGCCGACAAUAAACGAUCCUUCAGGUGGAGUAUGGAACUGAUCCUGUUGGCUACAACCGUCAUUUUCCUUAUCCUCCGAGCUUUCCGGGGGCGAGAGUAUUUCGAUUGGUGUGGUUUCAAUGGGGAUAUCUUCGGAUUCAUCCUGGUCUU